AUGGUUUUUGAAGAUUUUAUGGGUUUAAUAGUUAAGGAGAUUUGUUUGGAUGUGUUUACUUCUUCUAUAGAACUUUUAGUUUUAUUAGAUUUUGUUAUGAAUGAGGUUCAAAAUGUAGUUCAAAUUCGUGAAGAUAAGGACAUAGCUUGGUUUUUGGCUUUAGUUAAGGAACACAAUAGACGACAUCCGUUGGUUGCUCAUGCCAGUAGUUCAUGUUUGGAAGAGUCUUCUAAUGUUGUUUCUAGUGGAGCUGAGAAUUAUUUGUCUACUGUUCCUUCUUCUAAACCUAUGAUUGAUGAUGGUGAUUUUCAAGUGAUUAUGGAUAUACAUAUUCCUCGUGAUUUGAAAGAAAAAGAUGUGUUUGCUAGUAAAGAGAUUUUAUCAAAUUGUUUUUACUUGAUAGCGGUUAAGAAGAAUUUUGAAUUUAAGACUAUAACGUCAAAUUCAAGAGCAAUUGUGUUUCGAUGUGUUCAAGAUGGUUGUCAGUGGCAAGCUUCUUCAUCCUUAAUAGCUGAAUGUUUGAGAAAUGAUUUUAGAUUUAGUUCUUCUUAUACCUCAACUCCUAGUGAUAUUGUGAAUAAAGUCUCUUCUAUUACUGAUUGGAGUCUAUCACUGAUAUCUUCCAUCACUGAUAACAUGAAAAUAAUGGAAGCUAUUGGUGAUGGACUGCAACCAGUGAUAGAAGUUAUUGGUACAUUUACUGCCUAUGAAGCUGACAUAAAUGGGCAUUUUAAGUAUUGUUAUAUGGCUAUUGGAGCAUUAAUUGAGGGUUGGAAGCAUUGUAGGCCUAAUAUAUCAGUUGAUGGGACAUUUUUGAAAUGUAAAUAUGCUAGGACUCUUUUGACGCCUUCAACAAUUGACGGUAACAAUCAGAUUUUUUCUAUUGCUUUUAGUAUUGUUGACUCUGAAAAUGAUGCAUCCUGGAGAUGGUUUUUUGAGAAUUUAAAGAAAAGUUUUGGUGAACGAGAAGGAUUAGUCAUUAUUUCUGAUCGACAUUUUAACAUUUCGAAAGGUGUUAUGAAUGUUUUUCCAAAUGUUGAGUAUUGUGUUUGUCUACGACACCUUUUGCAAAAUAUGAAGUUGAUUUAUAAGGAUUCUUUAAUUGAUGACAUAUAUUAUAGUUGUGCAAAAGCUUAUACAAUUGAUAAGUUUGAGUUUUAUAUGAAAUGGAUGGAAUCAAUAUAUCCUACAAUUCGGGAAUAUCUCAGUAAAGUUGGUUUUGAGAAGUGGGCAUGUGCACAUUCUAGGAGAAGAAGGUAUAAUAUGAUGACUACUAAUAUUUUUGAGUGCUUGAAUAAUAUUUUGAAAGAACCUAGGGAGUUCCCCGUUGCAUCAUUACUUGAUUAUAUUGGAGAAAUACUACAAAAUUGGUUUUAUGAAAAAAGUCAAUCAGCAUUAUUCGUGAAGAUUGUUUUGACUAGUUGGGCAGAGUCUGAGUUGCGAGAGCAACACAAUCAGUCAAGAAGCUUCAAGGUUGAUCCUAUUAACAAUGAAGAAUACAAAGUAGUUGAUGAGGACAAGCACUUUUUUGUAAAUUUGGCCUAUAAAUCAUACAGUUGUCAUGUUUGGGAUUUGGUGGAGAUUCCAUGUGUUCAUGCUUGUGCUGAUCAUCAUGCAAUUGUUCUUGCUGGUCAUUCUCUUGAACAUAUUGAGCCUCUUUGUCCUUAG